AUGUUCCGACCAACAUACGACUCAGAGGAGGAGGCCAACUACCAUCUGCCUCGAAUUCUCAUGUUCCACGGAGGUGGCACAAACUCACGAAUCUUCCGUGCACAAACCCGCGUACUUCGACGACUACUAAGCCCAUAUUUCCGCUUCGUCUUUGUCGAGGCUCCAUAUGUAUCAUACCCUGGCUCAGACGUUGUCAAAGUAUUCCAAGACAUGGGUCCUUUCAAGGGCUGGCUACGAUGGCGAGAGGAGGACUGCUACAGAGACCAUGUGGAAGCCACUCAACGAAUACACGAUGCCAUCGAAGCUGCAAUGGUUGAAGACGAUAUGCGUGGUGGUGAGGGGGAAUGGGUUGGAGUUCUUGGCUUCAGCCAGGGUGCCAAGCUAGCCGCCUCCCUACUUUACACACAACAAUACCAAGCCGAAGUUCUCGGAAAGCCUUCGCAAUGGCCGCGGUUCAAAUUUGGCAUUUUAUUACAAGGCCGCGCUCCGUUCGUGUGGCUUGAUGCAGAGGAGGAAGUUCCAGCAGGAUUGGUUGACGCAACGGCUUUGAGCACUGCAGACUAUUCAAAUCUGGCGCCGAUUCCGCAGGGGAGGAAGCUGCACAUUCCAACCCUGCAUGUGCAUGGACUGCAGGAUCCAAAUAUUCAGCUCCACAGAGCAUUACUGAAGCAUAACUGUGAUGGCAAGACAGCGCGGUUAUUAGAAUUGGAUGUGGCCCACAGAGUCCCCAUCAAGUCCGCAGAUUGCACAGCACUAGCACAGGAAGUGCUUGCCACAGCCAGAAAAUCCAAUGCCAUAUGA